UCAGCCAAGAGUGUCAAAUUUGCACCGGUCCCAUCGUAUUAUUCUCCCAUUGGGUCAUCUUAUCUUCCACCCAGAAUAUUAUUAUUCUUUUGCUUUUCCAUUAAUCAUCAUAGCCUGGUACUUAAUAUUACUUGCAUGCAUAGACUCAUUGAUUUUACUUAUCUCAUUGGGUAAAUUGUACCAUUAGUCUUUGAUCAAUGUUUCUAUGACCUAAAAAAACUCAAAAUUUUCAUUUACAAACCUUUAGAUUUAUUCUAAACCCAUCCAUUUGUCUAUUCUAAACCCAAUAGUAAUAAACUCUAGCUAAGGAGAGUGGGAGGAGACCUAGUCAUGACACGUGGAGAAAAAAUAAAGCCAAAGCCAUGAUGAAGAACAGGAGGAAAAGAUUACAUAACAGGUGGAGGGUUCCCUCUCCAAACAAGAGAAAGAAACCAUAAACAAAAGGAAAGGUAGUUAAAGCAAGUCAUGGCAAGAAAGGAAAGAAAAUAUUAUAGUAGUCUAAAGGGGAAGGAGAUAUGCCCUUUCCUUUUCAUAUAUUGGGGGUACACACGCUUUGCACCGUCCACUUAUUAGUUUUACUCUAACCCCAUUUUAGAAAAUGGGAAGGGUGUGAGAAUCUAUGUGUCAAUUGGCACUAAUCCAAGAUUAGUGGCAGAUAUUAGGGAGGGCUAAAUGUGGAAAGACUGUAGCAUAAACCAUACAAAAAACACUUUGUCUUGAUCGUGGAGUGAUUAAUUAAGUUAAUUGGUUCCUUGGAAUAAUUGAAGUUUGAUGAAGAUAUAUUCUUGUCUUUUUUGUUCAAAGUUUGAGACAGGUGGUAUGGGUUAUGGAACACUAAAAUCCAAGGAGUUUUAUCUUUAAUUUAUGCAAAGUUGAAAAUUGGUGAUUGAUAGAGGUGGUACGGGGGAAAAGAGAUUGUUCUACUUAUAUUACAUAAAUGUUUGAUACCAUAAAAUAUUUAUCGAUUCAGAUGAAAGGAUCAUCUCAUCAAUUUCCUGAGAGUUAAUAUAUUUAUUUAACAAGCCAAGCUUAAAUCACAUCUAUGAGUUGAAGUUUAAAUGAACAUGCAAACGAAGCAGUCAAGUGGCAAUCACCGUCAAGGUCGGUUGGCAUGGCUGACACUUCCAGCAUUACUAAUCAGGUCUUUCCCAGCCUUGCGGAAGUGGGGGCAAAUCAGAUUAUUAAACAAGAUUUAUUUCUAACUAAAGCUGUUAAUCUUAAUCAGGUGGACGUGCCGGAGUGGUUAUCGGGCAUGACUAGAAAUUAUGUGGGCUCAGCCCGCGCAGGUUCGAAUCCUGCCGUUCACGUAUUUUUUACUGCAACAGGCCCAACCCAACAUGUCGUGCCUCCUGCAGAUGUUUUUGCUUACAAACCUCGUACUCAGACUAAAUCACCUCCACGCUGAUGUCCCUUUUUGGGGUUCUUUUCCUUUUUCCCUUCUCCACUCUGUCCCUUACAAAACGAUGGAAGUCACGAGACUCUGGAUGCAAUGUAAUGAAGCCUGGAAACCACAAGUACUAUGGAAAAGAUAAUUCUUAUUCAGAGGUGAACUGGGGAAUGUGUUGUGGACUACGUCUAUGUAGCCAACGAGCUUCAUUUGGGUUGGGUCAAAGACAAAUUAACAAUUUAGGAUCAGGUCUUGUAUCUUAUUGGCCCCAAUGAUAAAACCAAAUGGAAACAGAUAAACGAACAGAAAAAACAGAAAUUGUAGUUGAAUGCCAUGCCCCUUCAGGAGGCUUCUACGCUAAAGGUGUACCCUUGAAAAUCUUGACCGAUGUCACUUCAGUUCUCUGUUGUGGUACAGGGCUGAUGGCUCCAGAAAUCUCUCCAGCUAUCUGCAUCCUGCUAUAAAUCCCCAGGAUUCCUAACUUGUCUCUGCACCAGUAAGUCAUCAGUUAAAAAAGAGUUUCAUUAUCAGUUCCUAAUACAAUACAAUCGAGCAACAGUGAAGAAUCAUGGUUUUUAGAUCAACUGGUUAUUUGAAGCAGUUAGCAAAUCACUUGCGAGGAAAGGCCACAUAUGCGACCUCAACGUCACCAAAAAUGAAGUCAUACGCACCAACAGCCGAUUUUGGGUAUGCUCAAGAUGUCAAGCCACCAAAGAAAGUGAGGGGUGACUUCGUGCCUGUCUACGUAGCAAUUGGCAUGAUGGCGCUGUCAACCACCAUGGGGCUGUACACGGCACUUCACCAGCUGAAGAACUCACCUCAAGUGCGAGUAAACAAGAAGAGAAGGGAGACUUUACCGGAGGUGGAGGAGCCUGAUCGCGUGCUGGAUGAAGCUGAUAGGUUAAUCAAGCAAUCGUUUUUUAGGAAAGUUGCCCAUGUUCAGGAAAAUGAUGAUGACUAUGCCAUUCAUGAUCCCACACGUGGUGAUGUUUUCGCUCAUAGGCCAACGCCUCGGGCUGAAACCCUGAAAUCAGCUGGUGUUAAUCCCAAGUUUCCUGGUCUAGAUGGUUAAUUAGCAUGCAUAACGAGGUUGUUUUUCUGCCUUUUUUGAUGAGGGAAAGGGGAAAUUUCUAGAUCCACCUAGCUAGUGGCUCAUGUCCUGAUGUAACUGUACAGUAAUAUAAUGGGGAUAUUUGGUUUGGCAAUUUUGUCUUGUAGUGUAUAUAGAUGAAGUUGUUGCUUCACUUUGUUUGGAGGCUGGUGUCUUUUUGAUGUCGGUUUCAAGCUUUGAUGGUUAAGGAUGGACUAUUGAGAAUGGAAAUAUAUGUUUUAUAUUUGUCUCAUUGCCAGUUGAGGAGUAGUCUUUCGCUC